GAAUCACGAGAAGACUCUUUAUUGAAAGAUGGAGUCCGCUUGACGUCGCUAUGGACACUUAACGUUUUGAGUGAUUAUUCUAACCAAAAUUUCAGAAUGCUUAACUAACAAGACCAGGAACCGAUCAUCACUAUGGGUUCAGGGAGUUCCAAGACCAAGAACGGAGCCCCUCCUCCAAAGGGCGGGGCCAAGAACGUGGUGGUAGCAGAAGUGGUCGUCCCCAAUAAAUCAGAGCCAAUCAAGAUAACGGGAGAGUUGGACGAAGCUCCACCCACCAGUGGGAGUGGCGGACAGGCGACUGUAAAGGAAGUCGGCCACAAUAAAUUUAGCUUGCAAGUCGGAGAUAAAAGUAUUGGGACAUUUGAAGCAUCCGACACAGGAGAAGGUGGAGACUUCUCGUCUUACUUGGCAAACACCGCAUCGCUGACCAUCAAGAAUAUAGAGACUGUCGCAGAAGACGGGGACAAGAUGGCUUCUUCGAACAAUGAUACAAUGGUCAUCCAACUAGACAAUUCGUCCAACAAAAACUUGAACGAUGAAGUGGAAUGGGAAGAAGUGAUCCAGACCGUUGAGGAGACCCCGAAGAAGAAGAAGAGUGGUCGCCGGAUAGAUCUCGACGGAACAGACAGGAAAGCUCAACUUGAGGAAGCACUUCAGAGCAAACAGGCAAAACUUUCCGAGCAGGAGUAUGAACAGAUGAUUGCCAACCAUAGACAAGAAGUGGAGCUGAUGACCCUCCUACGAGAGAAGGAGAAAGAACGGCAGAAGUUUUCUCUUGCAUCCAAGGUAGCUGCUCGUAAAAAGAAGAGGAGGAAAAAUAAACAAACCGAUGUAGAUGGGGGAGGUGAUGCAACAAAUCUUGAUCUUCAGAGCACAGCUCGUUACCAGGAACUCCAGGAGCAGAUAGCCCAGCAGAAGGCCCAGAUGGAGCUGGCCCUGGAGCAGCAGAAGGGGAUGGCGAUGGGCCAGGAGUCGGAGCAGAUCCUGGAGGCCCACAAUAAGAAGAUGGCAGAGCUGGAGGCGGAGCUGAAGAGGGAGCAGGAGAAGCGGAGCGAGGUGCUGAACUCCAAGCUGGCGGAGCGGAAGAGGAGAAGGAAAGCGAGGAAAGCGGAGAAGGAAGCAGAGAUGAGGCUGAUGGCAGAGGCCAAGGCCGAACAAGAUGCGAAAAAUGCAGAAGAGGCUGCCUCAGCUGACAAGAUCCAGGCAGACAUCGAGGCCAAACAGGCUGCUUUCCAGAGGGAGGUGGAGAGCAAGAAGGCACAGCUAUCGGCUGAUGAGUACCAACGCCUGCUUUCCAAGCACGAGGAGGAGAUUGCGGAGUUGUCGAGGAAGGCGAACAUCCAGCGUUUGAGACAAGGACAGAACCUACAGGAUAAACUGGAUGCGCGACGGAGGAGACGAGAUGGGGUUAACACUGAGAAGGCAAUGACAGCUGCAGAGCUGCAGAGGAUGGAAGCGGAGCUGAAGCAACGACAGGUCCAGUUUGAGGCGGAGAUGAAGGAGAAGAAGAGCACGUUGUCCCAGGAAGAAUACAAGCGUCUUAUCGCCGCUCACAAGCAAGAGCUUGCUGAUAUGCAGACAAAACUUGACGGACUGAGGGAGCGGCAGCAAGACGCCUUGCUGGACAAGCUUGCUGCAAGGAGAGCAAAGAGAGCAAAUAAGAAAGAAGAACAGGAACUCAUCGCUAAAUUGGAAGCUAAAACCGUUGCCAUGACCAAUCCGGAUACUGUAUCUAAGGACCCCACCCUUCAAGAUGCGAUGUCUGCCGAUGAAAUAAAGGAAUUACAACUCGCUAUCAGCAAGAAAGACAUGAACUUCAGGAAAAAACUGAACGAGAUCAAAGCCUCCAAGUCGAACGCCGAAGCCCAGAAGUUCAUUGACCAACAUCGUCUGGAGAUGGAUAUGAUGCAGUCCCAGCUAGACCUAGAGAAAGCCAGGAUGAAGGCGGUCCUCAUGGCCAAGCUGGAAGCUAGGAGGAAGAAGGGAGGCAAUAGCAAUGAAGCUGAUGAGACAGAGCAACCAAUGUCUGCGGAAGAGAUCAAACAACUCCAGGUCAUCCUCGACCAGAAGUCCCACGACUUCAAGAACCGCCAAAAGUCGGCCAAGAAGGAAAUGUCCGCUGCGGACCUCUUCAAGUACAUGGAUGCUCACCAGAGAGAUAUGGAGAGCCUGGAGAAGAGGUUGGCCCUGGAGAGGCUUCGUAUGGAGCAGAAUAUCAAGGACAAGAUGGCCGCCAGGAGGUUCAAGAGACCAGGGUCUGCGACUUCUACUAAGAGCCAAGACAAAUCAGAAGAUGUCGAGACCCUAGAGAAAGAAAUGAUGGUCAAGGAAUCCACUUUCCUCGCUGAGGUGGAGUCCAGGAAAUCACAGAUGUCCAAGGAAGAAUACGAGCGUCUCCUGGCCCAGCAUCAGAAGGAGAUGGAGGAGCUUCGAAGGAGAAUGGACCGGGCUAAGGGAAGGCAGAUGAUGCACUUCCAAGAUAAGCUGGAUGCGAGGAGGAGACGGAGACAGAUGUGGAAGAACGAGGAGGAGGAGCGGAUGAGACUGAUGAAGCUCCUGAAUGAUAAAUCUGAGCCACUCAGCAAGGACGAGUUCAACGACAUCGCGGAGGACAUCUUGAACUAUGAUGAAGCAGUCCAAUCCGACAUCAAAGAGAAAGAGGGCAAGGUUUCUGACAAGGAAUAUCAGAAGAUGCUUGAUGAUCAUAAGAGGAAUAUGGACAAACUGGAACAGACUUUGAUUGAGAAGGGCAAAGGCAGGAAUGAAGAAAUCAAUGGCAUCGAAGAUCAGAUGAAGCAACAGGAGGCCAUCUUCUUCUCCAAAGUAGAACAAAGUAAAUCAACGAUGCCCAAUGAUGAGUAUGAGCGUCUCUUGAGGGAACACCAGGAGGAGAUGGACGAUCUUAAGAAGAGGCUAGGUUGGGCUAAAGGAAGACAGGCAAGGCAUCUUCAAGAUAAGCUAGAGGCUAGGAGGAGAAGGAGGAAGAUGCUUGGAAACGAAGAAGAGGAGAGAAAGAGACUCCUGGAGCAAUUGGCUAAAGUUGAUCGUCUGAGCGGAGAAGAGCUUGAGGAACUCGAAGAUGCAAUCGAUUUCUACGACAUCUCCAUGUCUGCUGUCAUAGAAACCAAGAAGGGGCAGGUUUCAGAUGAAGAGUAUAACAAGAUGAAGGCAGAACAUAAAAGGAAUAUGGAACAGAUGAACCAAAGUUUAGACCAAAAGAGAUUACAGUCGGAUAUUCAUAACACAGAACAGGUCAUUUCUAAUGUCAAAGGUCAAGCUGUAAAUGUUGCUGUUAUUGUUGAUGAUGGAUCUGAUGAGGACAUUGAGGAUGGAGACAUGGACCUUGGGAUUGAUGCAAGUCAGUUGGCCGUCUUCACCUCCACAAACCUCUGGACCACACCCACGCAGUCCAACGAUGUCGUCAUCAUACCCCUGAAGGAGGAGUACCCCAGCAAACGAAAGCGGGAACUCUUCACCGAUCCUUCCAUCUUCCGCCAGAUUGAUGCCCAUGCCAUAAAGCUGGCCCAGACAGUGAGCUUGGUCACCCAGCCAUCCUUCUCUUCUCUGGUCAACGAGCUGACCGAUUUUGGGACAACCGAACUUCAGAAGGUGCGCCUGAUCUUCCGGUGGCUGACUGCUCAGAACUGUGAGGAAAUGGACCUGAAUGAUGUCAUUGAUGAUACUCCGCUGGGGGUCCUGAAAGGGCUCUAUCAUCAGAAGAUCACCUUCUCGACACUGUUCAUGAGAAUGUGCAGAUACAUUGGACUUCAGUGUGUUGAGAUCUGUGGUAUCGCGAAGGUCAAAGGCUACCAUGCAGGGCAGUUCAUCUCACCCAAAGAGCCAGAGUUCCAGCACACCUGGAACUCAGUCCGUAUCGAUGGAUUCUGGCACUUCGUCGACUGCAACUGGGGAGUGUCGCAUAUUGCUGGCUCUGUGACCUAUGACCCCUUCCGUUUCGAGUACGAUGAACACUACUUCCUUGCUGACCCGGAUGUGAUUAUCUUGAGCCACUUUCCAAAUGACCCUGCAUGGCAGUUGCUUCAGUCACCGCUAUCUCUAGAUGAGUUCAAUGUCCAGGUUCUACUGAAGCCGGACUUCUGUCAGUUUGGCUUUUGCCUUCGGAGUCACAAGAAUGUCAUCAUCGAUGUGCCCAACGGAGACUUAAAUGUUCAGAUCCACUGUCCAUCGGGAUUCAUUCUGUCGUGCCGAUUGUCCACUGUGAACGGUGACCGUGAUGUAGCUGCAAGUGGUGUCCCCUUUGACCUUUAUGAGUUCAUCCAUCAGGUUGGGGAUGAGCUGAUGGCGUGUUACGUUAGGAUCCCAGAAGCAGGUCAGUUCUACCUGACUAUGUACGCCAGGAAACAGUACCUAGAUGGAGAGCUUAAUCUAGAAAGCUACACCGAGAUCUGCAGGUAUCUUGUGCGAUGCAACAGCCCAAGCAGAGAUAACGUGCCACUCCCGUACUCGCCAGCAGACCACUGGGGUCCGAUUGGAACGAUGAGUGCAGGACUUGUCCCGGUUUCACAUACAUCAGGUGUGGUUGUGUCCACAGAUGGCAGCGAUUUCACCAUCCGCUUUAAAAUGACCCAGCCAUUGAAAUUCACCCAUACAUUGACAAGCUUUGGCGUAGAUGACCAACGGCUUGUGCCUUACACCAUGCAGCGAACGGUAGACGAGGAACUUGUAUUCACCGUGACGCCGCCCAACAUGGGGCGAUAUGCCCUUCACAUCUACGUCCAUUAUUCUGGUCUACCCAAACCUUCUCAUCUCUGCAGCUAUCUCCUUGUAGCGCACCAAGUACGCCAGAACGUCCAGCCAAUGCCGCAGCCCGAACACGGAAUCUGGGGUGCCACCCCAGCGUUUUCAUCGCUCGGGCUAACCGCUUUCACCAAUGCAGAUCCUCUCAUCGUGACCAAAGAACCGGAAACAGAAAUCACCAUCGGUACCAAUGCUCGCAUCUUCCUAAAGCAUGAGAUGAGCUAUAAUGGAAGGGAUAUGACACAAGCCGUUCGAUCCGAGUUUGGGGAAGGCUUUGUCACUUUCAUGCUACAGUUGCCCUACAGUGGAUAUUACUAUUUCCGGUUACUGGGGAAAGACACAGACGACCCGUCCAUUCCUAAUACCUUGCUGUUCAAUUAUCUUGUCAGAAGAGACUAAUUGGGCAUUGUACAGAAACUUAAAAAUUAAUUGCAAAUCUGUUUGGGGUUUCAAAAUCAGUCAUAUGUCUUGCAUUUAAUCACAGUUUUGCAGCUGAUUGUGUAUCUGCUUCGUGCAACCAGGACUGAAACUGAUUUACUACAUCUAGAAUUAAUUGUAAAAUUGUAUCAAUUGUGAAACUGGUCGAUCAUUUUUUAAAUUGCAAUUAAAACGUAUUAAAAUUUGUUGAAAAUAUAUUCAUGUAACACCCCGAAACAGUGUAAGUUUCAUAUACUUACAAUUGAUGCUUACAUCCAGUUUGCAGGGUAUAAAUAUGGUCAGUGUGCAUCUACAAUCUCAAAAUAUCUAUAUUUUCAUUUUUAUUUGGAUUUUUUUGAUUUGUGUAUGGAGCACAGUAAGUUAUAGUCAUUUUGUGACAUACGCCUAGGCCUCUCAUGCCACCUACCCUCAUAGUGCAAUUAGUGCAGGAAACAGAUCAUAUUGCCAUUUUGAUGUCUCGGGAAUUAGGGUAGGUAAGUCAAUUUUUGGGGGGCCUACAAUUGGACAUGUGCGCAAAGUUUCAACUUUGACAGCUAAAAUAGAGUCUAAAAGUAGAAAUAUAUGUACCAUGACUCGUCAAAUUGUCUGUCUAAUUCGUAUGUAUGUAUGGUGAAAAAUGGGGUGAGUAUCAUGAUUGUACAAUUUUGUUUAUCAAAACAUACAAAAAUUCUUACACAUUGACCACAUGCAAUAUCAAUGUAAUUUAGGGACAGUCUGGGUAUGCCAGUACAUAUUUUUUUUAGAUUAUCUGGCCCCUUUUUCACUGUUUCAUGUGCAAAUGAAACUCACUGGUUUUACAAGUGUUGGUAUAAGCUUUGUCAUUGGAAUUCGACAGAGGAAAAUCAGUCACAUUUCAGCUCUCAAUUUUAUUUGAUUCGAGGGGGGGGGACAACUUUGUAGUCUCAAUAAGAUUGCUUGAACUUGUCACUGACUUCCUUAAAACAAUGAACCAUUUUCAAUGCCUACCGAAAUUGGAAAUAGGCGCUAUAGCUAUUCAUGAAUUGUCAAAAAGUAUGAUUCAAAUAUUGCAAAAAAAUUUGUAUUUAGUAUAUCAUAUCAUGAUUAAUAAACAGGCUGGAAUUUAUAUAUUUAGAGAAAAAUACAUUCAGGAUCUUUCCACGUUAAUUCACCUUGAUUCUAAAUACAUUCCUUUCUGUAUUUGUUGUGUAUCUUUUUGAGAUAUAUAUUUUCAGCAAGUAUAAACCAGUACAAAUUGGUGAUAUAAUUAUGCAGCCAGUAUAAAGCAUUAUAGAAUGGUGAUAUGGAUCUUAAUGAACAAAUGAUUGACUGAAUUUGAUCACAUGACUGGUCAUUUAACAGGAAAUUUUCAAGGUGACUGGUAUCAUUGACUCGUUCUAUUGACCGGUCUUGGUUUUAAUAUGAGAAUGGUUUAUCAAAGAAUAAUGAUCCACAUCACUAUAUAGUAAAACAAUAAAUACACAUCAUUUGGUCAGGUAUUAGAAUAAUUACACACACUUGUUACCUUUGAAACAGUCAAAUCGCCCUCGGCUCUGCUUUGGGCAUGUUAGAAUUGUUCCAAAGGUAUCUUGUGUGUGUCAUUCUUACUAAUGCCAUUGAUGAUGUUUAUUAUUUGUAUAUUAAAGUAUGAUUUCAUAUCA